CCACGCCACAUUUUGUUUUUGGCAAGCAAAUUGUUGUCAGAGGUUUCAAUAAUUCCUCGAAGGAUUGUAAUGCACCGCAAGCAGCGCGUCACUUUGAAUUCCCUUCAGUUUCUGUCACCUUGUUCGCGGAGAUCGUGAGCCUUGGUGGACAAUGCAUGUAGUUUGAAGAUUAGGCGGGCAUCGCGGUGCCCUGGUCGUCCAUGUCACCGAUUUUUAGACUUCUCUCGUCUGCUUCUUCCUCUUCUUCUGCUUUCCCUACGGCUCAAUGCGAGGAAUCAUUUGGUGUUUUCUUAGAUUUUUCCUUUAGUUCGGUGCCGAAGGAUUUGUGAGGCAAUUUUAGUUAUGGUGUUUUCUGUACCCGACGGCUGUUGAAUUGUCCAGUCGACCUCAGAAUAAAACGGUGGGAAUGAGAGACCUAGGUGUCACGCGGGGACUUGCGUUGGACCUGAUUGGUAUUGUAGGUCGCCGCUUGGUUUGAGAUCACGGAGAGUAAUCAUGGCGAUACUCUCUAAUUUCGGCAGUGUAAUCUGGGGAGGAAUUCUUCCUGCUGUGAAUUCAAUUUCUGAGAUUCGGAACAACAGAAGAACUAGGAUAUUUUGCUCCUUUACUGGGCGACCUCUAGAAGUUCACAAGGAAACACUGUCGACGAGAAGGAUAAUUUCAAGGCGGAAGUAUCUUAUCUGUAGUGUAUACGACACUCCCGAUGAUGUUGAGGCAAGUGAGGAAAGCAUAGUCCAAAUAGACGAAGAAGUAGAGAAGAAAAGAACCGUGGGAGUGUUUUGGGAUUUAGACAACAAGCCGCCCAAUGGGGUAAUGCCUUACAAGGCAGCUAUCAGACUUAGAGACCUAGCUGGUGAGUUCGGGCUCGUUGUUGAUAUGGUUGCCUAUGCGAAUCGUCACGCAUUCAUUUAUGUGCCGCAGUGGGUGCGAGAUCAGAGGAAGGAAAGGAAACGGUUGAAUUCGCUGGAAGUCCAGGGAAUUGCGACUCCCUAUCAACCUUAUAGGUGCCAGUACUGUGGGAGAAAGUGCGAUACAUAUUUUAAGCUGAAGAGGCAUUUCAAGGGGCAGCACGAGAGAGAACGCAACAAAAGAAUUAGCCACUUGAAGCAUUUAAAAGGGGGAAAGAAACAGAGGUAUAUGGAGAAGCUGGCCCAGAAAGAAGACAAGUACCAGGCCAUCGCUUCUCAGCUCCUGGUGCCCAAGCUAGGUUACGGCCUUGCUCCCGAGCUGAGACGAGCGGGCGUUUAUGUGAGAACUGUGGAGGACCGACCCCAGGCAGCUGAUGCAGCGCUCAUAAAGCACAUGAGUGUUUACAUCAACAGAGGUCUAGAAACCCUCAUCCUAGUGUCAGACGACUCUGACUUCACCGACAUUCUGAGGCUUGCAAGCAUGCGGAACUUGCAAACGAUUGUAAUAGGAGACACAAUGACACUUAGUAGACAUGCAGACAUCUCGUUCUCAUGGCAGGAAGUGGCGAGCGGAAGGGCUCAAAUGGCAGCUGCAGAAGCGCACAGGCAGUGGACGGACAAGGCUGCUUUGAUCAAAGAACGUCAGGAUGAUUUGGAUCAACACGAUCAGAAUCAUGCGGAAUUCGUGACUAUGCGACCGAAUUCGGAUGUGUCAGCUUUUACCUCCUCAGAAUCUAUCGAGUGGGAGAGCGAUGGGGAUGAGGAUAGUGAAGCAUUCUGGGAGGGUGAUUUUGAUUAUGAAGUUGAGGGCUUUGAUAAUGAAGACUUCUCCUCACAGAGCAAAAGUGUCGCAAAGAAGUCCAAUAAGGUUUACCAAUGAGUGGUCACACAAUGCUCCGGAGGGCUUCUGAAGAGAGCAUGUUGUUCAUAAGGAUUCAAAGGACUAGUGUCAACUGGAAAGGCUGUUAGUUGCAAUAGUUACGUCGAUUAAAUUCACUUAGUGACGAUGACAUGUUAGAUGUUCAUGCGGGAAUGCCAAUUUUCUAAAAUUUUCGAUUGAAAGUUGUACGAUA